GGAGAUUGUUGUCGUUGGCUGUGGUGACAUGUGAUAAAUAUAAUGUAUGCAUGUGCACGUGUAUCUUGUGACGAUUAAGGACAGGUGUCAUCAUUUACAACCAACAAUUUCUGGGUCACGAUGACUGACAGUAAUUUUCAGCUUCUGAGGAGCCCUCAAAUAGACAAAGAGAAAUUAGUGGACAAUGUUGUCAGUAAAAUUUUACCUAUCAUCUCUGAAGAUAAGUUGACAAGUCCUGAAAUCUUGCCCAUUUUAGGAGUUCUGGAAAACAUUGUCAGUAACUUUUCAGUGAAUGAUGCUGCGAUAUCAAAAGUUUGUAAAGAUGUAACUGAUAGUAUUUGCAUCCCUUUGCUGUCCAAACUUCAUCCAUCAUUUGAUAGCCGGUCCCACAAUGUUGUCUUGCUGUCCAGAGUGGGGUCUCUACAGGCCCUUUGUGUACAGAAAGGUUCAGCAGGACUAUUUGUGUCUCUCCUAAAUCUCUACUCGGCUUCAUUGAAUGACCACAUUCUUGACAGGACUGCAUCCACAAAUAAAAAGUCGGAAUCUCAAGCAGAAUAUAUUGAUGUUAUAUGUGCUCUUGAAGUUGUGAAAAAUUUGAUAAGAACAUGUAUUGACGAAGAUUUUCAGCAAAGAUUAAUCAAAUCCGAUGUAAUUUUAGAUAAACAUCUUGAGGAAGUGUUUAAACAUUUAUUGAAUAUUUUAAGACUUUUUGACAAGCAGACAAUUCUACACAUGACAAGCCAAUGCCUUUUGCUGCUGUUGAAGUUAGAUAACGGCAAGCCGACCAAUAGAUUGGCAUCCAGCUGGCAGACUAUCUUAUCUAUAUGGGAAGAGGACAAUUCGAGCUGCAAACCUAGCAUGUUACUUUGUUCUCUAGCGAAUUACUUCCUGCCGGCAGAAGGUAAUUACACGGUAGCUGAGGUGGACAUUCGGACAUCUGAAUCCUACUGGAGUAUUAUCCAGAACGGAAUCCGUAGUGAGGAUACAUUAGUCAGGAAACAAAGUAUUUACCUGUUGAAAAGAACAAUUGAUCUGUGUCAGCAAGGAGAGGUGGAUGUGAGAUUACAGGAUGCGGGGGAACACACAGCGAAGUUCUGCUGGACCAAACAGGCUGGUCUUAGUAAAAUAUGGGAGGAUGUCAUCAUGCUUAUGGAAACCUUUGAGGAAAAACAGGUACAUGUCAUUAAUCCUUUACUUCCUAGAAUGCAGAAUCUGAUAAAAGCCUCAUCACUGGACCAAGAAAUCCCUCUACACACCUCGUGGAUAACAGCCUUAAUCAGACGAGCCCUAAAGCACGAGAGUGUCACCAUUAUGAGAUGGGCGACAGAAACAGUGUUGUUUUUAGACCUGGGGUUGUGUCCCCUCCUUCACCAAGGAGAAGAAAAGUAUAUUAGUGGUGAAUUUCUUCUCACGAUUCAAGACAGUAAAAAUUUCAGCAAACCCCAAAAUACCCUCCAAGGUACAGUGUCUAAUGCUGGUGUGGGAUUGUCAGACUUCUUUGCUAAUUGUUGGAGAGAGCUGAAAACCACAGAGAAGAGAGUGUCAUUUUUCCGAGACGUGAUGCAAACCAUGAGCAGCAACUCCUGGGGCCCUCUUCCCUUCUUGUUCCUGUGUAAGGGACUGUCCCGGGUCCCACCUUCACCUCUACUGGACAGGGAGAUCAUCCUCAAUCUAAGGAAAUCCCUGAGUGCUACCAUUUCCUCCAUCAACAGCUAUAUCCGAGGAGCUGCACAGUGUUACUUUGCUGAGGCUUUGGUCAACCUAGUUGACUUAGAAAGUGUGCUGCCUAAGGAAUGGGCAACAGUGUUAGCUGUGUUUAACAUGACGGAGAGUCUACAAAGGGGAACAACUCUUUGGAAAAAUGUUGUCAAUCAAAUAGAGAGAUUUUCUGAUUCGAAUGUAAAGAACUGGUCAUGUCCUGAUAUCCAGAACUAUCUACAGAAAGAGGCUACAGCCUUUGUCCAAGUAUCUGAAGGUUCCAAAUUCACUUGGAGCGAGAUGGAGGCUGUACAGAUUGUUCGCUUUGCAUUUUUGGCUGUGGAUGCGAAAGUGUUGCCAUUGGUAGCCAAUAUUAACAAAUCACAGCCAUCUUUAUCUGGAAUUCUGGGAGAUUUGACAGAGAUUGUGAACACAGUGAACAGUCGACCAUACAUGCCGGCCCACAAGGCUGAGAGGGCAGUGGAACUAUUACUGUGUUUUAUGUCAGAACUCGGUACACUCACAGCAACCACAGAUGAAUUGUUUGGCAUUGUGCAAGAGGCGCUGGCAAGUUGUCAUACAGAGCUGGUGUUAUUCGUACAGCAGAGGAUGACCGGAGGUUGGAGAGAGACUAAAGACCUUCCUAGUAUAGAACUUGGUGAAAGAGCUGUUACUGAGGUGAUACAGCGUUUCCAUGACAACAGUUCGGUUACCUGUUUCCACCGCCUUGUUACAAGUUGUAUACACACCCUGUCUGAGGUGUCUGCCUUACCCCAGGCGACUAUGGAAGGACAGAUCCAACUGGUAGGGGCUGGGGCAGUCCUUGGUGCCGUGGCCAGCGUGUACACUGUGCCGUGUCAGGGCCUGUCACCACAGCAACAGGCAGUGGUCGAGGAAAUCUACCAAUAUUCGCAGAAGGCAGACAUCACACUCUCACUCGCACGUCCCUCGGCAGUGGAGAGCCGUGAAGAGUGGGGUCGGUUCUCGUCCAUGUUCUUAUCAUCCCAGUGGAAGAUGCAGCUGCUGAAUCUCAACCUCGGACGGCCACUAAACCGCCCAGCCACAGCCCUGCUAGACCUGUGUCUGGAGUGUUUGUCCCUUACCAAGGCAGAUACUGUCCUAGUGGUCUUACAGUGUGUCAAGUUACUCCUGCCUCUGGUAACUAGUGAGGGUUCUGUUGCCAAGGUGAUAGAGACCCUGGAAUUGACCUGGUCAGUAGCCCAGGAGGACACACGUGGUACUGCCUACCUCACUAUCAUGUCUUAUUUCACCGCCAUAGCUUUCCAGCCUGCCCUGUUGUCACUGCCAGGUGACUCACCCAUCAUCCAAAAGCUUGUACAGUAUGCUGAUUUAAUUUUGGAGCUGGGAGAGGGAAAGAAUGGACUGUUUCACAUACUAGCUGCUCAUCUGUGUCAUGUAUGGACCGAUGCCAAACUUCUUCCUCAUAUGUCAAAGUUCUACUCAAUGAUGGUGUCCUGCUGUCUCUACGGCACCAUACACAAACGACAGGAGAAACAGACGCUGGAGUUAAAUGCUUACAUACAGGAUCUUGGAAGUGCAUGUUCUGUCAACGAAGUCAUGAAAAGCAUGCCGACUGAUAUGUCAGUGAGAGCAUCUGUGAUAAACCUGUUGCUCCGCCUCCAGACAGAUAACCCCGCCCACACCACAGUGGUUCAGGGGAUGAUUGACACAAUGAUUGACAGAUACAAGGAAAUGACAAUCGCUCACAAAGGAACUACUUUCCCAAAUUCAAUGGCUCAUCGUCAAAAAAACAGGGCUUUCCAAUUUCUUGUGCUGUUGGAACCAUUCAUUGUGGAGGGAAAUGUUGAUAAGAUGUGGAAUCUGUGUAGAGAGGUGAUGGGUCAACCAAACCAGCCGUCCAUCCGUAACUAUGUACAGUGGCUCAUGCUCCGUCUGAUGCUCAGGUUUGAUUACCUACAGAAAAGACUCAUCGAUAUGUUUGUAGACCUUGACGAGAGAAACACAGUGGUUAUCUGCAGUCUACUUUGUACAGUUGCCUUAUUGGGACCUCACCUCAAAGGCAGCAAACAGACACAAUAUUACAUGUCAGCGGUGUCGGCAGUACUACCCUGGUGUAUGGCACACCACUUUAAUACGAGGAUCCACGCCCAAGUCACCAUGAUGAAGAUGUGGGACCAGUGUCACACUCUGGACAUCGGCCAGGUCCUCACUGCCUUCCCAUUCCUGGAUUCUGUGACACGGUUCAUUGAGGAGAGCAAGAACUACAACUCGACUAAAAAUCUCACCAAACUAAUGGAAAACUUUUUCAUGAAGGACUUUGACUUCCAACGUGACUUUAGUAUUGAGACAAUUUUCUACACUCUGCCUCGCCUGGCCUGUAUCAUGGAUGACGAGUGGAUCCUACCACAGAUAUUUCUGGAUGACAUGACCGCAAGGGGAGAGAAAUCUCUCUGGAUACCAAUCCUUAACACCUCACCCUCACUGGCAAAUUCUGAGGCAGGCACCUGGAAAAUAGCAAACAGCAAUACAGCUGGUGGAGAGGAAGAAGAGGAGGAGGAGGGCGGAGAUUUCCAGAAAAAGAUAAUGCCAUGGAGAAUGAUGACACCUGACGACGAAGCACAAGAGGAACUUGACUUCUGUAAGAAGCGGCAUCAGGCAGGAGGAUUAGUCCUGGUUACCUCCCUUAUAGAAAAGCUCCCAAACCUUGGAGGUCUGUGUCGUACAAGCGAGAUCUUCGGUGUGUCUGAAUUUGUUAUCGGCAAGAUGAAGUACCUAGAAGAUAAAAUGUUUCAGACACUUAGUGUGACAGCACAGAAGUGGCUGCCGAUCUCAGAGGUGUACAAGACCAAACUAACAGCAUUCCUAACUGAGAAGAAACAGGAAGGGUACACCCUGGUAGGGGUGGAGCAGACAGCCAAUUCUGUUUCCCUGACAGACUUCCAGUUCCCUCAUAAAUCUCUUCUCCUUCUCGGGAAUGAGCGUGAGGGAAUCCCUGUGGAACUGAUCAACCUCCUUGAUGUCUGUGUGGAGAUUCCACAGCAAGGUAUUAUCCGCUCUCUCAAUGUUCACGUCAGUGGAGCUCUGCUGGUGUGGGAGUAUCGACGUCAACAACUUAUAAAGGGGACAGAUUAACUCCAAAGUGAGGAAUUUUUAUUUCUACCACACUACGCUGUGUUAUUCCACUCUCAAGCUAUUGUAUAAAUGUGCCGACUGUUGGAUAUAUACCUUCCAGUCUUUUGAUUGGUCAAGAAUUCGAACAUUGACCCGAGCUGCAAUUGUUAUUGACAUCAUCAGUAAUCGAAUGACGUCACAUCAGCGGGUCCUGGCUGUCAUCUGUACACCUUAUUUGGAUACGGGAAAUAAGACUUGGCCACAUUUCCCUUCGAUUCAAGCCGAUAUUAUUGUGGUAGAAACAAGCCACACGACUCGUGAUUUUUGAAUAUGAAAUCUAUUUCACACUUAUUUAUUUUUUUAUAGUUACAAAAAAAACUCUCUUAAGCUCGUGUCUUCGUAACUAUUAAAAAAUAACAUACUCGUGCGAAAUAAAUUCCAUAUCCAACAACCACUCGUUAUGUGACCGCUAUGUCUACAACUUAGUAAGAGGAACAAAUACACUCUGAAUGUGAGAAUAACAAUGUCAAUGAGUUGUACAUGCUUUGUGAAGGGAUUGGAAUAAAGGCAACAACAUGUUAGGGGAACUACAGCAACAUCAUGUUUGGGGACCUUAAUCUUCCAUGGGUUCCUGAGGAUGAGAUAACAGUGCAACAAUUUGUCAGGUGAACUAACUGCUCAUCGUGUGUGUGAAGGUCUCGCUAUUACUGAAGGUCAAGGUUGAAAACUGUUGUUAAGAAUUAAGUUUGUGUCGAUGUUGGAUGUUAUAGUGUGGUCAAUGUAAAUGUCAUCUCUGUGGGACAAAAAACUUGUGGCUCGGAAAAUCUUAUUGGACAUGAAAUUGUGAAAAAGUCUAUUAUUAAUUAAGGUUGAAAUGAAGCAUUUUAUUUAUAGGAACUAUAUGGAACCAUAAAAUGAAGCAUUUCAUUUAUAUGAACUACAUGGAAACAUAUAUCUGACUUAAAGUUAUGUUCAAUAUUGUGCCAUGACCACCAAUGAAGAUUACCUGUAAUGAAAAAUAAAACAUAAUCUUUUCCCCAAAAUGAAGUGGGGUGGACAAAUCGUUAUUGGUUUCAUAUUAUUGUUAAUAAUUUAAGUCUCUUGAGGUUUUUUAGGACCUAUUGCUUCUGGUCUGUCUCUUAUUACUAAUAAAGCCAUCCUGAGGAAGUGGGCUGACCUAUUGUAACAAACUUUACUAAUUAAGUCAUCCUUAGGAAGUGGGCUGACCUAUUGUAACACACUUUACUAAUUAAGUCAUCCUUAGGAAGUGGGCUGACCUAUUGUAACAAACUUUACUAAUUAAGUCAUCCUUAGGAAGUGGGCUGACCUAUUGUAACAAACUUUACUAAUUAAGUCAUCCUUAGGAAGUGGGCUGACCUAUUGUAACAAACUUUACUAAUUAAGUCAUCCUGAGGAAGUGGGCUGACCUAUUGUAACAAACUUUACUAAUUAAGUCAUCCUUAGGAAGUGGGCUGACCUAUUGUAACAAACUUUACUAAUUAAGCCAUCCUGAGGAAGUGGGCUGACCUAUUGUAACAAACUUUACUAAUUAAGUCAUCCUGAGGAAGUGGGCUGACCUAUUGUAACAAACUUUACUAAUUAAGCCAUCCUGAGGAAGUGGGAUGACCUAUUGUAACACACUUUACUAAUUAAGCCAUCCUGAGGAAGUGGGCUGACCUAUUGUAACAAACUUUACUAAUUAAGUCAUCCUGAGGAAGUGGGCUGACCUAUUGUAACAAACUUUACUAAUUAAGUCAUCCUUAGGAAGUGGGCUGACCUAUUGUAACACACUUUACUAAUUAAGUCAUCCUUAGGAAGUGGGCUGACCUAUUGUAACAAACUUUACUAAUUAAGCCAUCCUUAGGAAGUGGGCUGACCUAUUGUAACACACUUUACUAAUUAAGUCAUCCUUAGGAAGUGGGGUGACCUAUUGUAACAAACUUUACUAAUUAAGUCAUCCUGAGGAAGUGGGCUGACCUAUUGUAACACACUUUACAUGUAGACCCAGUAUAAUGAUGUCUAUAUGUUCACCUUAUUUCUGGUCUGGAUUAAACAUUCUAAAUGACCAGCGUCGCCUCUUAUUGGUCAAAAUCAUGUCCAGUAUUAACUUUUUCCCGUUUGAUGGAACAUAACAAAACAUAAUGUAAAGGAUUAAUAACAUGACAUUGCUCAUUUUAUACCAAAAGUUAAGGAUGUCAUGGUGACAAAAUGGCCAUCAUUGCCCUAGAUUUUAAAAUCGUCUGAUUUCAAUGACAUCUGGUAUGUUGGGGAAGUAAGAUGCUUCAUAAACAACUGUAAUGUUUUAUCUGUUUUGGCAAAUCAGCCACCAUUUCCUGGCCUCUAAUUAGUCAAAUUAAAAUAUUGUCUAAUCUAACUAUUGUCCGAUUUCCAAAUUUGGUACAUACAGUGUCUUGUAGGACAACGGUCUUUAGCUUCAGCUUUACAUUCAAACAAAACUUACAACAAAAUUUACACUGGUUGAAAUUUUUUUUUUUUUAAAUUGACGAAAUUUGGUAUGUGGGUGUAUCAUUGGACAAUAUUUACUUUCGUAACCACAGUUUUACAUGUAUAUUUCUAUAUCAAAUAGAAUGUCCCUGUUAACACUAGUGCCAGAACUGAUUCUACUGAACCAAAAAUAUAUACAUGUACCAGGUAAAGGGCAUGAAAGUGAAAGCUGACUUGAGAUUGCAAUUAAUUACUUGACCUGGGUAAUACCCUAAAACAAAUCAAAUAAGCCGACCUUAAAAAAAGCCUAACUCAUGAUCAGUACCUGUAUCAAAAUAGGCCUGUAAUUUCCUACGAAAACAAAAAACAGUCUUGACAAUAUGCCUUCUUAAAAAAUAAGUCAAGCUUGAAAACAAGUCAUUUUUAACAUAUCAUUUGAAAAAUAUCUGUCCUUGUUGAAUUGUAACAUAUUACAGAAAUAAAAGAAACAAUUAGUUAAAAUGUUAAAAAUGUAUUGAUGUUUUUAUGAAUAAGUUAUCUAACAUAUUUUAUAAAUGCUCACAGAAAUGUCUGGUAUCUUUGACACUUAGGUAAAGAAAGUUAUGUAUCCACACACAAACUGCUGAAUACAAGAAUUUCUGUUGUGUAGCUCUGAUAAUCGUAUUUUAUUUCACCCUUCUCUUUGUCGUCAGUAAAUUAGUGUUCCAUGUCUUCAUCUGAUGGAUUGUCUUUGGAAUUCACGGAAAAGUCUGCGAUACCUUUGAAGUGUAUCAGAUGACAUUUGAUAUAUUUACCUGUAUGUUAAUUAGUGUAUGAUUUUGUAGUUAAAUUGUUUUUGUGAAUGUUGUAUGGUACUGGUUUAUAUUGUGACAAAGAUCAUUGUGAACAAUAA